CACGACCCCACGCGAAUGUCUUGUCCUCAUAUUUGAAAACCACGUUAACGAACCAGACCAAUGAAUCGACACGUAACCGUCUAAAUUUCUCGGUGCCUCAAAUCCUUCUCCUGCACUUUAUCUCCUUUCACACAUUCAAUUCUUCAACUCUGCAAAAUCUCUCUCGCUCUCUCUCUUCUAUGGCAUCUGCAGCUACUACGCGCGUGACGCACUGUGAGCUGCGGCCAGCGAGACCGGCGGUUCGGGGAAGAGAACCGAGCGGUCCGGUUCAGGUGACGAUCCCGAAACCGAAAGCGGUGGAGGCAGAGGGCGCGAACACGAACAUCGUCUUGCAGCCACGGUUGUGUACUCUGAGAUCGUACGGUUCGGAUCGUUUUGGCGUCAUCAAGACUCCCAGGGAGGGUGGCGAUGACGUGUCACCCUUCUUCGCCGCGCUUUCUGACUACAUCGAGAGCUCUAAGAAGAGUCAAGAUUUUGAAAUCAUCUCUGGUCGUCUAGCAAUGAUGGUGUUUGCAGGAACAGUGGCAAUGGAAGUGGUGACAGGGAACUCUGUGUUCAGAAAGAUGGAUAUUGAAGGAAUCACUGAAGCGGGUGGGGUGUGUUUGGGUGCUGUAACUUUUGCAGCGCUCUUUGCAUGGUUCUCCAGUGCCCGAAACAGAGUCGGUCGAAUCUUCUCUGUCAACUGCAACGCAUUCAUCGACUCCGUUAUUGACCAAAUCGUCGAUGGUCUCUUCUAUGAAGGGGACCCUACUGAUUGGCCUGAUCAACCCUGAUCAGAUAUUUUCAUUCUUACAAUUUUAUUCACACAUUUACUGUGUCUCAAGAUCAUAGACACAGUUAGAGGAAGAUGUAGUAAUUCUAGUAUAUAGAACUAUAUAUAGAGAGAGAGAGUGAGAGAGAACAAUAGCGUAAGUACUGAAAAUAAAUGAUGCUGAAAUAUGUAAACUUGUAUUUCUGAAGCAUAGAUAGACAAUGAAAUGAAAUGUGGUUUUAUUAGCAUGGGGUA